AUGGAAAAUUUGAAGUCUGAUUUAGGGGAUACGCCCCUUAAAAAGUCUGAUUUAGGGGAUACGCCCCUUAAAAAGUCUGAUUUAGGGGAUACGCCCCUUAAUAAGUCUAAUUUAGGUGAGGCUCCCCUUAAAAAGUCUGAUUUAGGUGAGGCUCCCCUUAAAAAGUCUGAUUUAGGUGAGGCUCCCCUUAAAAAGUCUGAUUUAGGUGAGGCUCCCCUUAAAAAGUCUGAUUUAGGUGAGGCUCCCCUUAAAAAGUCUGAUUUAGGUGAGGCUCCCCUUAAAAAGUCUGAUUUAGGCGAGGCUCCCCUUAAAAAGUCUGAUUUAGGUGAGGCUCCCCUUAAAAAGUCUGAUUUAGGCGAGGCUCCCCUUAAAAAGUCUGAUUUAGGUGAGGCUCCCCUUAAAAAGUCUGAUUUAGGUGAGGCUCCCCUUAAAAAGUCUGAUUUAGGCGAGGCUCCCCUUAAAAAGAGCAACAUUUAG